UGCGGGGCCGCAAACAGCGACAUUUAUUUAUUGUCAUGUUUGCUUGCGUUUGGGCCCUUGGCAGUGUGUCAGCGCUGGGAACAGUCGCUAGCGGUGAGCGACAGUUAGUUUGCUGUCGACUUUUCAACGGUUCAGUGCUUCGGGUUUUACGGAGUAGCUCGUAAUUUUGUUAUUAUUGCGGUUUAUACACAAGGCAUCUGCAAUAGAUUUAUCAAAUAAUAGGAGAUCUCUCGAAAGAAUUGUAAAGUGAAGUGGAAAACCGUUAUACUUAUGCAAAUAAAUAGUUAAUUUGUCAAAACUGCAGUCGAAAAAAGAAUUGGUUUGUGCCAAAGUGUUUAUUGUGCUGAAAAAAAUAUACCUACACAUGAAAAAAAACUUAUUGAAAAUAAUAACUGUAAAAUAAUUCCCUCUCAUCUUAACUUAAAAGUGCCACUCUCCAAUAUGGAGAGCACUCGACCCCUGGCCGCGGAAACUGCAAGCAAGCUAACCAAAUUUUCAACACCUUUCUCCAUCGAGAGUCUGAUCGCCAACCAUCAACAGCAGCAACAACAACAACAAGAGCUCGAAAGGAGUACACAAAUUUUAGCACCCACCAGCAAUCGCGAGCAGGACGAGUUAAACGCACGCGCUUUGGUCGCCACAUCGGCCUUGAGCCUCGCCAAUUUUCCCUUCUACAAUCCGUGGCUGCACGGCUACUUCGCACAGAAUCACGAUCGACUGACGCAGCUGAUCUCCAGCGGCAGUUACCUGACCAAUUUUGCCAAACCCGAGCAGAGCGUAGGCUCAGCGCCCACAUCGCUACAGCCACAAUUAGCGUCGAAAAACGCCACCACAUUGCCACCAGCCCAUCCGCAUGCCUUGCCACCGGCUGCUAAUUUCACGGGUAACAGUGAUCAUGCACGUACGCUGCCGUCGGGGUCUGCACAUGCUUUCGAGCCACAAAUAGCAACGCGCUUUCUCCUUAAUCCGUCGGAUGCGAAUUACCGCGAUAAAUUAUUGCUGAGUGGCUUCGGCGGUGGCCUGGUUGGUGGUACACAUGCAGCACCAACAAAUGUGGCACCAGCGGGUCUGGCCAGUGAUACCACCGGUGAACAGCAGCGUUCAACCAUGGAAUAUGUUGGCGAUGAUUAUGUGCACAAUUUAACAGUACAUACGCGCCUGCAUAGCCCCCCGUCGAGUAGAGCCAGCGCGUUACCAUGCGAACAAACUGUAAAUGAUAUGAGCAUGGUGGCUUCGUCCGCCUCAAGUUGUGCGAAUACGAAUAGUCGCGAUUCGCUGAAAUCGCACACGUCCGAAGCGCUCUUGGAUGUGGGCAUGGAUGAGGAUUUCGACUGCAGCGGUGAUUCCUGUAGCGAUAUUAGUCUAACAAUGUCACCGAAAAAUUACAGCACUGAUAUGGAUAAGAGCAGAGGCUAUACACACUCUGACAGUGAAGACUGUUCCGAUGAUGAAGCGACGAGCGGACCAAACGACCCCAAUAAGGAUUCCUCCAGUAAUUGCGGAGGAAGUAGCUCGAAAUCGCGGCGUAGACGUACAGCUUUCACCUCCGAGCAACUAUUGGAACUGGAAAGAGAGUUUCAUGCGAAGAAAUAUCUCAGCUUAACGGAGCGGAGUCAAAUAGCGACGACACUUAAACUCAGUGAAGUGCAGGUGAAAAUCUGGUUUCAAAAUCGUCGCGCCAAAUGGAAGCGCGUCAAAGCCGGUCUCACAUCACAUGGCCUCGGUCGCGGUGCUGGCGGCGGCACCAAAAUAGUCGUGCCCAUACCGGUGCAUGUGAAUCGCUUUGCGGUGCGUUCGCAACACCAACAACUGGAGAAAAUGUGCCUGAGUGGUCCAAAACCUGAUCUGCGCAAGAAAAUGCCCACCGAACUGAGCGGCUUCGAGAAAUUCAAUGCCGCCAAUGGCGUGGUCGCGGGCCUGAGCAAUGGCAGCGCUGCCACUGUGCUCAGCGCGGCGGCGACGCCGGCAGCAUUAAUGGCGGCAGCGAAUAUAGCGGCGGCGACGAACACGGUGACGGGCACUUUGGCCUUGGCGAGGAGUAUUUAUUGAUUGCUCGCCGUAUUUAUUCGCUCAUAAUUUAAGACUUAAGUUUCAUGUUUGUUUUGAGAUUAUAAUUGAAUUAAGUGACUAAUUUAAUAUUAAUUUAUUUGUUUUUUCCUUUUCAAUUAAAGUCAGUUUUAAUUGAAAUUUUAAUUUCUUUUGAAAAGUAAGUGAAUGUAAAUGAAAAUUUUAAUAAUAAGAUUAGUUUAAAAAAUUUAAAA